AUGGGUGCUCUCAGAAUUCCUAAGCAAACAAUCUGGUCGGAUUUCCCUGAACAUUUGAAGGAAAGAAUAUUGGAAUGCCUUCCAGUGGACUGCAUCUUCCGUUUGAGGGUUGUUUGCAAGACCUGGAAUACUCUCUUCUCAACACAAUAUUUCAAUUCCAUGGUAAGAAAUAGCCAGCCAUUUCUCAUUCUUUGUGCUGCCAAAACCCAACUGCCCUCGCUAAUAUAUUCUUUCAUCACCCACACUUGGCGAACCAUUUCUUUCUCGUUCAUUCCUCAUGAUCGCCCCGUCAAUUUUAGAGGAUCUGCUUCUGGGCUGCUCUUGGCAAACACUAAUUCCAAUUUCUGGUUUGGCUUUAAUUCUCCAAAGCUGUGUGUUUGCAAUCCCCUAGCCCAAACGUACUCGACGCUGCCAGAGAUGGUUUCUGUGAGUAGAAUUAUGACCAAAGCAAUUUUACCAGUGGGUAAUAAGACGGAUGAAUAUACAGUCAUGGUGGUAGGCACGAGCAGCAGCGAUAAGGUUAUAGUGGAAGCAUAUAAUUCUACUACCAAGACAUGGAAAGUUGCAGGCAGCAUUCCUGAUGGGGUUAUAAUAAACGAAAACAUGUUCUUCUGCAAGGGCUCUUUGUUCUGUAUGACUGCCACUGGCGGCAUAAUGGCCUACAAUAUUGAACAGGGGAUCACCACAAUUAUGGCCAUGCCCACAGAAGAUACCCACAAUUUGUGGGCUCGACUUGUUGUUGUAAGAGUGUUUUGUGGUGCAUCGACUCUGAGGAAUCAAAAUUGGUAUGAAUAUGAUGAGCCCAAGCGUAUAUGGGACUAUGUACAGGAAGGAGGUGGACAUAUAGACUUGUGUAUUGCAAAUCCUUAA